GGUGAAAUCCAACACCAGCAGCUGUAGGAGUUGUGUUGGGGUGAAUGCGGAUCCCCUCGCAUCAGUGCAAGUCAAGGCGCAUAGCAGGAACCACCGCCUGGAGGUAGAGACGUGCGCUCUGGAGCUAUUGGCGUUGGAGAGCCGUCGCGCUGAGUCUUCUGCAGAGACUCAGGGCUGCAACAGUCUCAGAAACAGCAUUAUAAGAGCGAGCAUCAGAGCGCACGGGACCUGAGAGCUUGGAGAGCCAUCCCCACCUCGGACUUUACAAUGCGAUGAGGGAUUUUUGACAACGGCCACUUUGCGCGUCCUUUGGCCCGUUCCAAAGCCCUGUCCCAUGUUCAGGUGCCUCUAUACGUGUGAUUCUGUUUUCACCCAGAUCUCUGCUGCCUGGACAAAUGCAUACAAAUGCAUUUAGGAGCUCAACGGACAAGGAGUGGACACGUUUCCGCGGCAGCGACGUGGAACCUUCUCCUGCUCCUGUCAGUAUGCUCAGCAGUACUCUCUGGACAACAAGAACACGUUGCACAAUGUGUAGAUGUGCUCCAUCGACUUGGGCUCACAGGCCAGAGCAGCUCGGAUUAUCUCAACGAGGGACGAGGAUCUGCAGUCAGAUUCACCACUGCCCCUCCAGCUACACCCGUCUCAGACUACGGCGUUUUACUCCACUCAGACUCGUUUUAUGAGGCUGCUGCAGGCACUUUGUUUCCGCCUGAGAUUAAAGAGGAGUUUUCUUUUGUAGUUAGUCUAAGCUCCUGGAGAGCGAACAAUGCCUUUCUUUUUAGUAUCCGAGAUGACAGGGACAGACUGCGUUUUGGCAUUCAACUUCUGCCUCAUCGAGUGGUGGUGUACACUGAGAAAGCCCCCAUUUACUUCAGCUAUAACUGGCAGGAUGGGCGCCACCACUCCUUUGCCAUUGGGGUGCGCUCUCAGUCAGUGUCCUUCUACGCAGACUGUGGGACGGUACAGCGGCAGGAGCAGACCCUCGGCAGGACUCAGACACUCGGGGGCUCGGGGUCUGUUUUCACUUUGGGUAGAAUGAACCCCAAAGCAGUACCAUUUCACGGGCGCAUCUGCCAGCUAGACUUGUACCCAUCGGCCCAAGCAGCGGCGCACUACUGCAACUACCUUAAAAAACAGUGUCGGCUGGCCGAUACCUACCGAUCAGACUCACCUCGUUCUGGUUUGGAUACAGUGGGUCAUGACUCCUCCCCUCACACUGCCACUAAUGGAGUAACAGCAGCUUCGAACAACCCAGCUUCAUCAGGAGCUGGUACUGCAGGCGGCGACAUUCACAGCUCAACAUUGGUACCUCCUGAUCUUUCCUUACAAACACAUCCUUCACGAACCCAUGGUGUAACGUUAGCAACAUCGAGUUUAAGGUACUCAACUCAAGGCACCAUGGCUGUCACUACAACAAGGACAUUCACUAAAAGAACCAAGUCUCCAGCAAGUUCUGAUCCAACAGAGAACAGAACCGAAAACACCACAGAGAAACAGCGAAACUUUGGUGCACAAACAACACCAGCUACGUUUGAAAUAAUCGACCAGGACAAACUGAAACCGAAGGAUACACUCAGGAAUAAUUCUACCACCGACCCUCAGAAAACGCGACAGUCACAGACGCAUCUCUUGCAUCCCAAAGCCAACGGCACAACCCUGUAUCGACAGAACCACGUGGACUCUGAGCAUUACCCGGACGGCAGCUACGACGGCACUGAAAUGGGCGGGUACGACUACGGCUACGAGGAGGGGGACUUCCUGUACGAUUAUGACGAUGGCUUUUAUGGCGCCAAGGGGGAGCCGGGUCCACCGGGUCCUGAAGGUCCCCCGGGUUUACCUGGUCCUGCAGGGAAAAGAGGUCCUCGGGGUCCCACUGGUCCUCAUGGGAAACCAGGACCUCCAGGACUGCCUGGACCCAAGGGUUCAAAGGGCGAUCCGGGACUGUCACCAGGCCAAGCUGCACCAGGAGAAAAGGGAGACAAAGGGGCUUCGGGGCUUCCUGGUCCAGAUGGAUUUCCUGGGUUACCUGGCCCCAAAGGUCAUCAAGGGCCAGCUGGGCUUCAAGGCGAGCAAGGAAUGCCGGGACCUCCUGGAGAAGCCGGGGCUGCAGGUUACCCUGGCAGGCAGGGCUCAGCUGGUCCUGAAGGUAACCCAGGUCCUAAAGGUGUCAAUGGUUUUAUCGGACUUCCUGGUGUUUCUGGACCGCCGGGGUUAGAAGGAGAGAGAGGUGUUCCUGGUCCUGCUGGUAAACCUGGUCUUAAAGGAAGACAGGGAGUAAUGGGAGACCCGGGAGAAAGAGGUCCACCUGGUCCUGAUGGAAAUGAGGGCAGUGUCGGUGGGACGGGCAUCCCUGGCUUCCCAGGACUCAGGGGGGAUCCAGGACCUGAGGGGCUACGUGGAUUGCCUGGACUGGUGGGAACGCUGGGCCCAGUUGGAAAAAACGGCUUGCCUGGAUUGAAAGGUGAUAAGGGAGAAGAGGGACUAAGGGGCGAACCAGGAGAGAUGGGGUACCAAGGCGAUAAGGGAAAUGCUGGAGCACCUGGUCCCGCUGGUCCGAGGGGAAAACCAGGCCCACCUGGUCCACUUGGUGAUAUCGGGAUUCAGGGAGCGCCAGGCCCACCAGGACCAGAGGGUUUUCCAGGGGACAUAGGAAUACCAGGCCCAAAUGGACCACCUGGACCAAAGGGUUUACAAGGUUCCAGAGGACCACAGGGGCCCCUAGGACCAAAAGGAAGUGAGGGUGACGAAGGACCACUUGGCCCACCUGGCAGCGCUGGCCCAACUGGUAGAGCUGGGAGAAAAGGCCACAUUGGAGAAGCUGGUCUGGACGGUCCAAUGGGAGAAAAAGGAGAGCUGGGAAACGUCGGGAAAGUUGGUCCACAAGGUCCUGCUGGCCUGAUCGGGACACCAGGUGUAGAGGGAGUUUCCGGUGAAAAGGGUGACCGGGGACCGCCAGGGCCAACUGGCCCAGUCGGGGAGAAGGGCCCGAGAGGUUACCCAGGCUUACCUGGAGGUCCUGGAGACUUUGGCUUACAGGGAGCACCGGGUCCUCCAGGACAGAGGGGUGAUCCUGGCAUCGCUGGUCCAAAAGGACGAAGGGGCCCACAAGGUCCAGACGGCCCACUGGGAGAACCUGGCCCCGAAGGCAGCAGGGGAGAAAAGGGUGAUAUCGGAAAAAAGGGCGAGCCAGGAUUCAUCGGCAAAGCUGGUGCACCUGGUGAAAGGGGCCUUCCUGGAAAACUUGGAAAACCAGGCCUCCCUGGAAGCCCCGGAGAAAAGGGCCCUUUGGGUGAACCAGGACCUAAAGGACCACCUGGGGAGCCCGGGCCUGAGGGAGAACAAGGACUUGAAGGGGCGCCUGGACCAGAGGGGGGGCCUGGUGCCAUCGGAGAGCCGGGGUCAAAGGGGGACGCUGGACCGCUUGGACCUGAGGGAGAGCAGGGACAAGAAGGAAUCAGAGGGCGUCCUGGACCUCCCGGUGAAGAUGGACCUCAAGGGAAAGACGGACCAAAAGGUGAGCCUGGCGACAGUGGCCCAAUGGGUGAACCAGGAGAGAAAGGACAAGAGGGAGAUGCGGGUUCCCCAGGACCUCCUGGUGAGCCUGGAAAACAAGGCUUUCGUGGUCCAGAAGGGAAACUUGGAUCCCCAGGAAACAGAGGACGCCCAGGCAAAAAGGGAGAGCGGGGGCCCCCGGGGGCUGCAGGAGAAAUGGGUGAACGAGGGGAACUGGGGCAACCAGGCGAGUCUGGGCUGAAGGGUGCCAGAGGAACGCGAGGGACGCCUGGCCCUCCUGGUGCCAUGGGCAUGGAAGGUCAACCUGGGAUUUCAGGAUACACUGGACCGGAUGGAAAACCUGGAUCCAUUGGACCGCCGGGGCCUAAAGGUGAAAAGGGAUACCCGGGAGAGGACAAUAAAACCCCCGGACCCCCAGGAACCAUAGGUGAACCAGGGCCUCCUGGAGAACGUGGAGAGCGUGGAGAGCCAGGAGAUGAAGGAUAUCAGGGCCAUGUUGGUGUGAUUGGACCUCGUGGAGCUGUUGGGCCUCCUGGAUUACCUGGAUCCCCAGGCCUGGCGGGAGAACCAGGUCCAAAAGGAGAGAUUGGAGUUCAUGGCCCUGUCGGAAAGAAAGGAGCGCGAGGCCUGACUGGAGCGCCUGGUGCUGAGGGACUGACUGGUUUGCCUGGACUCACUGGGGUCAAAGGUUACCCAGGCCAAGAUGGACCCCCAGGACUGACAGGUCCCCCGGGAGCUCCAGGGGACUCGGGCAGAACGGGUCAGAGAGGCCUGGUUGGACCAGAGGGACCUCCAGGACGUCCUGGUCUCAGAGGAGAAAUUGGGCUUCCUGGACUUCCAGGAGAAAGAGGCCCGGACGGACUAAAGGGUGACCUGGGUCUUCCAGGAGACAGAGGGGCUGCAGGGAUAAAAGGCCUGGAGGGAGCGGCUGGAGACCAGGGCAGGAAAGGAGAGCCUGGACCUAAAGGACUGCCAGGGGAGUCUGGAGAUGUGGGCAUGGUUGGGUUACAAGGCUUUCCUGGACCAAAGGGACCGACUGGGGAUUUUGGACUGAAAGGUGUUCCUGGUGUCAAAGGCCCAGCGGGAUUGUGGGGAUUCUCUGGACCAGUGGGACCUGAAGGAACCAUCGGCCCAAUGGGAAAACCAGGGCCAAGAGGUCCAAAAGGAAGCGAUGGUGAAAUGGGACCUCAGGGGCCCAGAGGCAGUCCAGGCCCCAGAGGACCCCCAGGUGCCCCAGGUCCAUCCAGGCAGAUAUUUGAUGACUCAGCUGUUUAUGACGUGUUCGAUACUUCUUAUGGGACAGAGACUUUCCAAAACACUGAAAUGAGUCUGGUUGACCAAAACUCAGAAAUCCUCAAGACCUUGCAGUAUCUCACCAGUGUCAUUGAGAGAAUCAAAAAGCCUCUUGGAACACGAGAGAACCCAGCCCGCAUCUGUAAAGACCUGCUGGACUGCCAACACACACUCAAAGAUGAUUGGUUUUGGGUUGACCCUAAUCUAGGCUGUGCCACAGAUGCUUUCAAGGUCUUCUGUAACUUUACUGCUGGCGGGCAAACCUGUUUACAUCCCCUGGACCCAAAUAAGAUGUCGUUUGGCGUCGGGGAUGUCCAAAUGAAAUUUCUCCAUCUACUGAGCACUGAAGCCAGCCACAGCGUCACGCUCCGCUGUCUGAAAAAUCCUCAUCAUGGCACAACACUUGACAAAAACCCCAUCGGCUCUGCACCCAACAGUUUGGAUAGAAUUAAGUUUCGUGGCUGGAACAAACAGCUGUUUGAAAAAGACACACUACUAGAUCCACAUGUGAUUUCAAAUGAACAAGAGAUUCUACACGGCCGCUGGCUCCAGACUCAAUUCCUCUUCAGUACUCAGGACAGUCGUCAGCUGCCAAUAGUAGACAUUCUGGAUUUUCCCACAUCCAACACAAACAGUCAGCAAGAAAUUGAAAAUGGUCCAGUUUGCUUUCUGUAAGCAGGGCUUUGUACUGGGAUUCUAAAGGCAAAUGGAAAAAUCAAGUAGGAGUAUGUUGGUUUUUGUUUGGUUGUAAAGAAGUGAAAAUUCACAUGAAGACACACAACCAUACAGGAACUCCAUCUCAUGUGGAGGGUCGCCCUGGGUGGGUGUUGUAUACGGCCAAAGGAGUAUACAACAUAUACCAUUAACAGGUGGGAGAACAGUGCUACGGACCCUUUGUCACCAUGACCGCAGAACAGGGCUUCACUCUUUACUCCCCAUCCUGCUCGGGUAAACCAGCCCAAGGAGAACGCCAACCCAUGAAAUCAGAGCACUGUCAAAGUCAAAGUGCAAUAGCAGCAUGUGUAUAAUGUGGGACUGGUCCAGUUUCUCAUUAAAGGUGAUUCUCUUCACCUAAACACAUGAACAUCUGUUUGUGCUCUACAGUUUCUGCAGAACCAACACUCUGAAUGCUCUGGCGUUCAGCAAACUGCUCCUUUAUUUAACACUUUGGACCUGUUCGUCUUGACUGAUGGUGCUCUACCUCUACCUGCUCAUUAGACUGUAGUGUAGUUAAUGUGUUUGUACCAGUUACAUUGAGUGUUACAUUGUAUGAGUACUUACUUUUGUUUAUUUCUAAUUUAUGAACCAUUUUUGAUACACUUCAUAUUUUUAUAGCGUUUAUUACAUUGUGGUAGAAUCUUCAGGGCAAUCCUACCAUUGGUGCUGCAAAAAGCAAAGAGAAUCUGCGACUCCUGUGUAUAUAUGGAUCACUUACUGUAGGUUAUUUAUAUCCAGUUUGUUUCGUUCACAUCACUGUCCCAUGAUAAUUUAAACUCUUUAAAGAGGAAUAACAUCAACUCAAAGCUAUGAUAUAUUUAUAUGCUCUGCCUACUCUUCAUUCGAGGUGUGCCUGUGUGUAACAUCUUUUACUGGUAUUUACGUUUUUGUUUUUUUUACCGUAAACUGGCAGCUACAUAUCGCCAGAAACUGACUCCUUCCCUAAAAAAACUCACCGUUGUUAUUAUGAGGCUAAUUUAAUAUAUUGUAUUUGCCAAUGUGUAAUUAUAUCAGUCUGGAUUUUAAAGUUGAUGGUGACUCAUUUGUAAAUAAACAUGUUGACAAUUA